AUGACUAUGAAGGCUAAGACCCGCACCGGCGGAAGGAAGAAGAAGCGCUACAGUAGCAAAAAACAUGCAGCAACUGACGCGCCAAACGCUGCCGCGCAGCAGCUUCGCUCGGCCAAGUCGCAAGUCCACGCCGUUUUCUCCCUCACGGCAUCUUCGAACCCGAAUCCGAAGAACUUGGGCCCCUUCAGUGACCGCCAGCACAUUUUAGUGAUUGGCGAUGGCGACUUUUCCUUCUCAUUGUCCCUCGCGGUCUUUUUGGGAGGAAACAAGUUAAUCGCCACUUGCUACGAUUCAAAGGCGGAUCUGGAGGAGAAGUACCCAAACGCGUUGCUUAAUUGUGACGCGCUCGAGACUGCUGGGGCUCGAGUGCAUUUUGACGUAGACGCAACCCGUUUGGAGAAGGAGAGCUGGCUUACUGCCGUUGAUGAGGCGUUCCACUCGAUUGUCUUUAAUUUCCCACAUUUAGGUGGCUCGACAGAGGCGGACGUGGCAAAGAACCAGAAUCUGCUGCGGGAGUUCUUUUACUCGACGCGGCAGUAUGUGCAUCCGACGCGUGGCCAAGUGCUGGUUGCACUACGUGACACACUGUUCUACAAUCGGUGGAAUAUUCAAGAGCAGGCCGCGGUAAGUGGGUUCAAAUUGAAAAGGACGGAGCCAUUCGAUGCAAGUAUAUACUCAGGAUAUGAGCCGCAGCGAACGCACCCGGCGUCAUUUCGAGGCGAGCCAUCAUCGACAACAGGAGCAUGCUACUAUGUCUUCGCUUUGGACACAAGCAUCCAAGUGGUCGAUCCACGCCGACAAUAUCCCCAGACUUUGAACGGUGCCAGGCAUACUUCUGGUGAAAAGAAGGCAGUGGAGAAGAAAACGGCUGUGCCGCUAACGAAGAUGGUCUGUCGAACGUGUUGUCUCACGUUCUGGGAUGUUAAGAAAUACAAUGGACACAUGAAUUCAGCCAAGCAUGCGAAGAAGGUGAAGGCGCUCAAGAAGAAGCACUGA